AAAAGCAAAACCGAAAAAAAAUAAUAAUUCAGAAAUGGAUCGAGCUUUUCAGAGAACCGGAAUCUUAAUCAAUCACCACCUCCUAUCUUCCUCGGCUCAGACCGCUUGUCUUGCUUGAAACGACUGUUUAAGCUACUCGCCGCCCGAGCUUUCCGAGAAGUACGCGUUCGGCGUCAAUGAGAUGUCGAAGCCAAUGGAUGGGCACGACGUUUAAGCUAAUGUAUGUGAAGAGGACACCCCAAUCAAGCAAGACCAUGCAUGUGGUUUCAAGUUCAUUCAAGGCUACUUUUACAUGGAGUAACAUGCAAAUACUUCAGGAAUGUCGUGAAGCUUGCGGAGGACAGGCAUUAAAGACGGAGAAUCGUGUCGGUCAUCUGAUAGCUGAACUUGAUGUAGAAUCCACUUUCGUGGGGGACAACAAUAUUUUGAUGCAGCAGGUAAGCAUUUGCUUCCUUCUUUUAUGACACUUUCUUGACAAGGACGAUUGCUUAUUGAACAUGUUAGUUCAGGUCAGCAAAGCUCUUUUUCGCCGAAUAUGUGGCGGCCCAAAAGCGAAACAAGGUGUUCAAGGGUUUGGGUUUAGAACACAUGAACCAACCCUGCCCUGUCAUUCCA